AGCUUUGCGAAUACUUAGACCUAUCAUUUCGCUUCCCUCUCGAUAUUUCCUGAAGUAUCUGAUUCAUUCUCAUUCUUCAAGGAGUACUUCUAUUGAUUCCCCCUAAGAAAUCAAUUAGAAUUACUUAAUAACCUAACUUAGAUUUGCUUACUUAUCAUGCAACAAAUCAAAAUCUUUUGAACGAAUACUUCCAACUUUUCUUCAUCUACUUGUAUCUGAUCUCUCAAGAUACCAUAGAUAGAACAAGAUGGAUGACAUUAUGGGAGAAUAUACAGCUGAACGGAUGCUGUCCGCUGCAGCGAACAACGUGACGGAGCCGGCCAUCUGUGAGGUGGGAGGGACUCCGGGUAUGACCGGUAUCCCUUGGGGUGGAGAUUACGAGGCGGAAAACCUUGGUAGAACUUUGACUUUUGUAGGAUUAUCUUCUAUAGAAAUAGGUAGAAUUAUAUGCGCCUGUACAACCAGUGUAAUGCUACGUACCGUAAAUCUGUACUAGGGUUCAUCUAUCGUCCACCGUAAAUAUGUACCUAGGCUCCACCUGUAGACCAACUCUAUCACAUAAGAAAUUAUUCCCACUAAAAGAACCAAAAGCAUCUUCAACAUGAACAAAUUUGCGACAAGCACAGGUCUGUACCCCCGUGCCCUCGUGUACACCGCUGCUCUUCUCUGGUUGUUCAUGGGUGUCUCCGUUGCUGCCGAUCUGUUUAUGGAGGCCAUUGAGGCUGUGACGAGUGUUCGUAAGAACACCAUGGUCACCGCAAAAAACCAGAAUGGGGAUGACGUGCAACGUAUUGUCACCUACAAGGUGUGGAAUGGCACCAUUGCCAACUUGACCCUGAUGGCUCUCGGGUCCUCUGCUCCGGAGAUUUUGCUGUCCAUUAUCGAGUUGAUGGGCAACGACUACAAGGCGGGUGAAUUGGGUCCGAGUACCAUUGUGGGUUCCGCGGCGUUUAACUUGUUGGUCAUUUCCGCUUGUUGCGUCUACGCUAUCCCGUCUGGUGAGAUCCGUAAGAUCGCUGGCAUCGACGCUUACUGCUGCACAGCGUUCUUCUCCGUGUUUGCUUACAUCUGGCUUCUUGUGGUGCUGCAAAUCUGGUCUCCCGACGUCGUCGAACUCCCGGAAGCUGCCAUUACGUUCGCCUUCUUUCCGUUGUUGGUCAUUCUGGCGUAUUUGGCCGACCUGGGCAUCUUCAGACCAACCGAAUACCUGCAAAAAUUGUUGGGAAGCAAGGGCGACGACGAUGACGGCAUUGACAUCUCUGGUAUGCGCACGAAGGCAGCUGAAACGGCAGACAAGGAAGUCCUGAAGAUCAAGAAGUGUACGCUUUUUUCAGUAAGCAUGAGUAGCGAUACUUUUUUUUGUUGCUGUGAAGAUCAUAAUGUCGCUAUUAAUGUCUUCUCUUUCGUAGUACCUUCCAACAAACUACAUCUACUUCUUUUCCAUACAGUACUUAUAACCACUUAUAAAAAUGAACAGUGCUCCAAGAUUCUGGCGUAUUGGAUACUCUUUCCGAGGAAAGGCCUUAAAAAUAAAUAAACAGUGCUCCAAGAUUCUGGCGUAUUGGAUACUCUUUCCGAGGAAAGCCCUGAGGAUGCUGCGAAUUACGCAAUGCACUUCUUCCAGCGUCAGGGCGUCGCCUUCAAAGAGUUGCGUCCCAAUGAGGUCUAUGACGUGAUUGUGCAGAUGCGUCACAAACUCGAUGAGGAUGAUCAUGUGGACAUGGCUCCCCAUGGUAUGGAUGACGCGAAUUCGCAUCCUCAGUCUGAGGUGAAAGCCCGUCGUCAAUCGCGUGCGCAACUGCGCUCUCAGGCUACUAAGCUGCUCACGGCGAAGAAGCUCCACAUCGACGAAAUCAAGGGCAGCAUGUUGCGUGAGCGUCUGGCUUUGUCGAAAAACGUCGACAUCGCACUGUCCGAAUCGGCUACUCAGCGCAUCGCAGAAUUCCACUCCCUCGCCAAAGAUACGCACACUGAAGCAGCCGAUCGCCGUCUCAUGGUCUUUAAGAACAAACCGACGUUCGUUCCUCAUCGCCAUCAAGUCCCUGACCAUCGAAACCGCGUCUUGUUCGAGAUGGGUGCGGCAACCGACUUCCUCGUCGUCCCGGAAGGCGUGAAAACCUCGAUCCAAGUGCCCCUCGUUCGCCAGAUCCACUGCGGUUCUACCAGGAUGAAGCUUCCCCACUUAAACUUCGAAUCUGAGGUCUCCUCCGGGGUGUGCGUGUCUUCCACAAAGAGUUUUUCCGGAGACCUUUGGUGCAAGCCGAUGGACGGUGAGGCAGUGGAAUUUCCCCCGCCAGCUGAGGACAAUUACCAUGGACGCGUGGCUUUCUGUACCCUGCAAUUGAACGGGAAUCAGCAGAGUGGCGACUACUUGGACGUGACGAUUGAUGAUCCGUUCAUGGGACAAGUCGAAGCAGACGACCAGUACAUGAUGCCAAUGCCAAUUGGAGGAACUGUUGCUAAGAAAGGAAUGCCCGCCGCUCCGGUCGCCGUCAGAGAGACGCAAACCGUGACGAAAAAAGUCGUCUGCAAGAGAGGUUCUCUUGGAUUCGGUUAUAAGGGCUUUAAGAUCACGUCUGUGGAGCCAGCUGGAUGGGCUGCGAGCAGCGGUCUCCAGGUCGGCGACAACAUCGUGGAGAUUGCAGGCCAGCCGACGGCUGGUAUGGACGGCAAGGCAUUUUUGGGCUUUUUGACCAAGACGCGACCUCUCAAUCUCACGGUUUCGCAGAAGAAGGAAGUCCGCCACGGAGCCCAGGACGAGACUCGAUAUUACAGCCAGGGCGAUGACGAUGAUUGGGACGGAGAAUACGAUGGAGGUGAGGGUGAGGCCGACGGUCAUUAUAUCGAAGAAGGCGACCAUGAUCAGGACUAUGAUCAGGUCUAUGAUCAGGACUAUGAUCAGGACUACGAUGGCGCUGAGCAAGACUAUGAAGAUGGACAAGGUGGAUACACUGACCAAGACUCUUACGAUCAAGCUGGAGGAGAGGGAGAGCAGAAUUACGAGGAUGAUGAGGGUGAUUACGGGCAAGACCAAGAAGAUGGCUACUACGGCAAUGACAGCUAUGAUGAACAGGAGGGAGCACACAACGCUGCUGCUCGCUCUUCUUCCUCCGAACAAGGCUCUUCUACUGAGUACGGAACUCCUGUCUCUACUUCUCAAAUCGCCUUGCGAGAACCCAGUCAGAUGAAGAUUUGCAACAAGAAGGGCGCUAAUACUAAUCGUACAGGAGCAAGUACAGCAAAGAUCACAGGCAGAAGCAUGGAGGGUGCCCACAUGAUGAGCCCGGUGAACAAUCCACCCGAUGCUAGCAACGACGGCGCAGCCGAGAUCUCCUUGCCUGGCGGACUUCACUGCACUGGUGUUGUCAACAACAACCCUCUUUGUCGUGUCUACGUCGUUCCCCAAUCCGAGUACGCGUUGGCUUCUGGUGAGAUCAUUUUUUUCAGCGAACAGUUGUUCGUUCCCGGCUCUUCGCAGCCGCAAGAAAUCAUCUGCUAUGCUCUGCGCGUCCACGGGUCUGCCGGUGCGUGCAGAGUGAAGUGGCACACUGAGAAAGCCACCGCUUUGCCCCAAAUCGAUUACGAACCGGUGGAAGAAGGAGUUAUCGAGUUUCAAGAAGGACAGACGGUGGCGUCGUUUAGGGUGAGUCUCACUGGCAGACAUCCGUAUGACAGUGUCACGGACUACUUCUACGUCAUCAUGGACCACAUCGAGUUGACCAGCCGUGACUGGGAACUCCCUUGGUACUGUACUUUUACUUAAUAAGAAUUUGACUGAUCAUGCUGAAUGACUCUCUCUGUUGUUUUCGAUAACUGCCUACGGAAAUUAUGCAACGUAUGAAGAAUGCGAUCUAAUUAUACCCCUGGAGUGGGUACAUUCAUUCAUUCACAUCACCCUGAACCUCACUCUUAUCAUUCUCCUUCUCUUAUCACAAUUAGCCUUUAGUUGCCUCCCCACAUGACACAAACACAAACACAAAACAACACAGGCCCAAGUUUGACAGCGAGACCGACGGUGGUGCCGAUGCCAAUGUGAUGACUGUCUUCUUGCUUCCGCGCAGCAAUCCGGAAGAAGGACCUGGAGCCGUCAUGUCUGGGGUUGACGUCUGCUGCAACACGGGUUUGUUGGUGCAGGCUUGGUACGCAUACGGCGCUCAGUUCCGCGACGCCCUUUACCCAGGUGGUUCGCCCGAAGCAGCGGAGCAUUCUGGUGGCUCCUCGUCGCUCGUGCACUACAUCAUGUUGCCUUGGAAGCUUUUGAUGGCCUUCACUCCCCCAACCGUCCUCUUUGGUGGUUGGCUCUCGUUCGUGUGGAUCCUGAUCGUCAUCGGCGUGAUGACCAGUUUCGUCGCUGACGUGGCUUCCGUCUUCGGUUGCGUUCUCGGGAUUGAGGACUCGAUCACUGCGAUCACAUUCGUCGCCCUAGGAACGUCAGUGCCAGAUCUCUUAGCGUCAAAGCAAGCAGCCUGCGAACAAGAAACAGCAGAUGAUUGCAUUGGUACCUAAGUACUACUUGUUCUACUAGUCGAGCAGAUGCUGCUCUGGAUCCAUAAUAUUUUGAGAGAAGAUGAAGGUCGAUAGCGAUUCUUUUGAUGUUGUAGUUGAUCAAGUGCUUUGAGAACUGAACAUUUACUUUUGCCACGCAACAAGAAAUUAGAAUCAACCUAGAAUUUAUUUUUCAGUCAAGCUAAAAACUGUAACUCUCUCUCGUCCCUUUCUUCUAUCAGGUAACGUCACUGGUAGUAACAGUGUCAACUCUCUCCCCUUCUUCUAUCAGGUAACGUCACUGGCAGUAACAGUGUCAACGUCUUUCUCGGUCUGGGUUUGCCCUUCGUGGUCGGUUCCAUUUAUUGGGAAUACCUUGCUGA